AUGUUGCAGUGUAUAUUUCUUCUUUCAGAUUCUGGGGAGGUAAUGCUAGAGAAACAGCUAACUGGGCAUAAAGUAGAUAGAUCCAUUUGUGCUUGGUUUUGGGAUCAAGUCAUUUCUCAAGGUGAUUCCUUUAAGCAACAAUCGGUUAUUGCAUCACCAACGCACUACUUGUUCCAAAUUGUCCGCGAGGGAAUCACUUUUUUAGCUUGCACCCAAGUGGAAAUGCCCCCUUUGAUGGGCAUUGAGUUUCUUUGCAGAGUAGCUGAUGUCCUCUCAGAUUACCUUGAAGGGUUGAAUGAAGAUGUGAUAAAGGAUAACUUCAUCAUUGUGUACGAGCUUUUGGACGAGAUGAUAGACAAUGGCUUCCCCCUGACCACAGAAUCUAAUAUCCUGAGGGAGAUGAUAGCUCCACCAAAUAUUGUGAGCAAAAUGCUGAGUGUUGUGACUGGUAGCAGCUCAAAUGUGAGCGACACUCUUCCAGGUGCAACAGCAUCUUGCGUUCCAUGGAGAACAACAGACAUAAAAUAUGCUAAUAAUGAAGUUUACGUUGAUCUUGUUGAAGAAAUGGAUGCAAUUAUAAAUAGGGAUGGGGUCUUGGUAAAGUGUGAGAUUUAUGGUGAAGUUCAAGUAAACUCCCAUAUAACAGGUCUUCCUGACUUGACUCUGUCAUUUACAAACCCGUCUAUUAUGGAUGAUGUCAGAUUUCAUCCCUGUGUUCGGUUUCGGCCUUGGGAAUCCCAUCAUAUUCUAUCAUUUGUGCCUCCUGAUGGACUGUUUAAGCUCAUGAGUUACAGGGUUAGAAAGUUGAAAAGUACCCCGAUAUAUGUAAAGCCACAGAUUACAUCUGAUGCUGGGACAUGCCGCAUCAAUGUGAUGGUUGGGAUACGAAAUGACCCUGCAAAGAUAAUUGACUCAAUAACAGUGCAAUUUCAACUGCCUUCAUGUGUUUUAUCAGCUGAUCUGACUGCAAAUCAUGGUGCAGUGACCAUCUUCUCAAACAAGACAUGUACUUGGUCAAUUGAUCGAAUACCAAAAGAUAGAGCCCCUGCAUUGUCUGGAACACUAAUGCUUGAGACAGGAUUAGAACGCCUUCAUGUAUUUCCCACAUUUCGAGUGGGUUUCAGGAUCCAGGGUGUUGCUCUUUCUGGAGUGCAAUUAGAUAAACUGGAUCUAAGGGUUGUACCAAGCCGUCUUUAUAAAGGCUUUCGAGCUCUUACAAGAUCAGGACUAUAUGAAGUUAGGUCAUAG